AUGAAAUUCACUCCCAUCAUUGACAAGAAUGUGGUUCUUCAUGACGUCUCAAAGAAGACGCAUGUCAGCUUUGACGAUGUGGAGCCUACUCCUACAGCAGCAGUAAAGGAAUCCAAGAAGCGAUCACAUCCAGCUCAUGACAGUAGUGACAAGGGCAAAAAGAAGAAGCACAAAUCAGACAAAAAGUUAGACAAGAAGAAGGCCAAAAAGUCAAAAGAUGCUGAUAUUUCCAUAACAGAAGCGAAGCCUGCUACUACUACUGUCGUUGCUGCAAUAUCUCCUGAACCCAAGCCGGCAGUCAUUGCUAAACCCAUCGCUGUUGCAACUCCCAUCAGUACACCUGCCUCCAAAAACAACAACAAGCCAGCUAAGAAGGCACCUGCCAUUGCAAUCACUCCCAACUCGAAAAAACCCAAUGCAUCUCCUAAAAACAACAGCAAAGCUAAAGGAAAGCAACCGCCCAAAAAGUUGACACAGGAAGAAGUACUUGCCAAAGUAGCAGCAAUUCGUAAAAAGAAGCAACUCAAGCGUCAAGCGAAAGUCAAGGUCGAUGGACAAGUGGUUACCAAACCUACGUUUAACAUCAUACCCAGUAACCUCCAGGCGGUUAUGCCUACCAAACAGCUGGGCGAGUUUGUCCUGUAUGCGUUAUCCGAGACCAGCAACUUGCCUUGGUGCAACAUUAUCCAUAAAGCCAAGGUGGAUCAUGUCGUCAUGAUGUACGCUCAAGGACUUAAUUGCAACUAUUUCGGUGUAGACGAUACAACCACACCCUAUGUCGAUUUAGAGCAACUCAAGGAAUCUGUGGGCAAAGCUGCUAUGCCGUUCCUGACCAAGCAAGCCAGAUACAUGAUCACCAACCAAAUCUCUGGCAAGAAUGGCCGCUUCAACUCACCUGUCGCUGAUAUCCUGCAGUGCAACAUGUCCAACUCAAAGAAGGAGCGCUUGGCCAAGGAGAAGCAAAUCAAAAUGCAAAAGUACAAGAACAACAUGCGUGAGUUUUACAUGGUGACAUUGGAGGAGAUGAAAAAGAUCGAUUAUCCUAUUCCUCCCUUCUUGGAUCCCAGUGCAACAUUGCCUGAGGGUUGGAAGGAGACACAUCCUGCUUUGGAGCCUUUGAAGGAAGGCGAUCAGAAGCGCUUGAUUGCUGUGGACUGUGAGAUGGUUUUGACUGUAAAGGGCAGUUCUUUGGCUCGUAUUACACUGAUUGAUGAAGAUGGCAGUGUGUUGUUGGAUGAACUUGUAAAGCCUGAUCAACCCAUCGUCGAUUACUUGACCCGAUACUCUGGUAUCACACCUGCUAGAAUGAAGACAGCUACAUGCUCUUUGCGUCGUGCUCAGAAGUAUGUCCGCAAGUUCGUUAACCACAACGUCAUUCUUGUUGGUCAUGGUUUAGAAAACGAUUUAAAGGCAUUGCAGUUGGCCCAUCCUUACUGUGUGGAUACAUCGUUGCUGUAUGAUCAUCAUCGUGGGCCUCCCUAUAAACCUUCGCUUCGUUUCCUGACUCGCACCUAUCUCAAGCGUCAUAUUCAAGAACGUAAUCAAGAACGUGUUGGUCAUGAUUCUAAUGAAGAUGCUCGCGCCACACUGGAUUUGUUCAAGCUCAAGUUGGCCAAUAAACCCAGUUUUGGCAAAUUCAAGCAAACCGAGCUCAUCAUGGAUCGUCUGCUUGCCAAUCGCCCCAGUCGUUCCAGCGCCAUUUUGGAGAGUAGCAGAAGCGAUUACCGCUCAUUCGGAUCAACUGAGAGUGGUGAAUAUCGUCGUGUGGAUACCGAUGAAGAAUUGGUGGAUUUGACAUUGGAAAAACUGCCUACCACCAACUUUUUGUUUACACGUUAUCAAGCAGCAGAUGAGAAUUUGGUGCGUCGUGAAUUGGAGGGUGGUGAAGCCCCUGAUAUUUUGCCCACUGCUGCCAAGGCCACUUCGGACCGUGCUCUCAGACUUCAGUCCAUGGACUCUUAUAUCCGUCGUAUUUACCAAGGUCUUCCUCCCAACUCUUUCUUGAUCGUGUCUGGAGGUGUGAAUAAUGUGCCAGAAUACAAGGCCUUAUACGAAAAGCAUAGAAUCUAUCAAGAAAAGUACGGUAGCAAGAAGUUGAGUGCUGCAGAGAUACCAAGGGAGGAGCAAUGGACAGAGGCAGAUCAAGAGACAUUGUGUAAAUAUGCUGCAAAGGCAAGAACAAGUACAUCAUUCUUUCUGUUCAAAUCAAUUUAA